AGAAAUUUCGUCUCGAAAUCGGAGGUGAAAAUCAAAUCGUCAGGUGAUAAAACGGUGAUAAUCAAUCCUUGGAACGUAUAUUUUUUUCCUCUAUACUCACCACACAGUUUAUGCUUCGCCAGUUAGUCAGUCCGCAGGCGUAUCACGGCGUUAAGAUAAAGUGAUGGAGGGCAUAACCUAUUCAAUAAGUGAUUACCCGUCAGUGUAAGCUAGAAAACAAGCAUCAAACUAGGAUAAAUUGUUCAUUAGGCUUUUAAAUCAGUUGUCACCAUGGCUAACGACAGAGAAGUAUUACGAGAGAUUUGGGAAGGCAAAGUUCCUGUCUGCUUUCAACUUGAUUCAGAGGAAGUUUGCGAACUUCAGGCUCCAGCUCCUUAUUAUUUGAUGGUUCCUAGGUUAAGUUAUUUUCCUCUUUGCGUGGACAAGGUUCGCAAACAUUUCACUCGCCACAUACAGAAGGAUAAACAGGAUAAUGAAAUGUGGUUGGAAUUCAAUGGAGCACCAUUGAAAUGGCACCUACCAAUAGGGGUGUUACUUGACUUACAUGCCACCGAUAUUCAACUGCCUUGGAACAUCACUGUUCAUUUUGACAAAUUUCCAGAAAAUACCAUUAUGCACUGUCAGAAUAAGGAAGUAGUGGAAUCUUAUUUCCUAGCCUGUAUAAAAGAAUCUGAUGUACUCAAACACAGAGGACAAGUUGUAUCUAGUAUGCAAAAGAAAGAUCAUAAUCAACUGUGGCUUGGAUUGCUGAAUGAUAAAUUUGACCAAUUUUGGGCCGUCAACAGACGUCUUAUGGAAUCUAACAACGACGAUGGUUUCAAAUAUAUACCCUUCAGGUGUUACCUCAGUGAAGAAAAGUACAUUCAAAAAUUAGUGAAACCUGUCAACGAAGAGGGGCAGAGAAAAAAAUUAGGCCAUUUGUUGUCGGAAGUCUUUCCUGACCGAGAAAAAGUGGUUGUAAGAACACAUGGAAUUAUCCCUCUACCAGAAACACCUCUUCAAUGGCUAUCAGAGCAUCUCAGCUAUCCAGAUAACUUUUUGCAUUUAUGUUUAAUAAACUGGUCACCGGAAGUAACCGCGAAGUAGCUUGUGAUGAAAGUAUACGUAACUUGUAUCUGUUCUUCUUUGUCGCACUAUUUUCGAUCAAAAAUAGUUCGAAUGCAGCAUGUCAAGGCCAUGCCAUUAAUGACGGAGGUUGCACACCUAAGUAUUGUACAUAAUUUAAUGUACGGUAAUGACUCGGUAAAUUGUUGCGUAUCAAGCAGGUACUUGUUCAUUUAAUUCUCUGCCGUACUGGCUACGUGUGUAUGAAAAUAUAUACAAUACUAUGCAUUAAAAAUGCAAGAUUAAGAUCAACUCUCAGGUUUAAUUGUCUUAACUUUUGUACGCAUGAACUUUAGAUUCCUUAUUACUGUAACGUAGCUUCGCCAAUGGUAGACUAGUAUGGAUUUCUAAUUUCAUGCUUGUUUUAUGAACGAUCCUGCUGAUUUAUACUUACUUUGCAAUAGUUAGAUCCCGUAAUAAUUAAAAUUUGCAGAAAACAAGUAAAAUUCUUGAAUUUCGUACGAACAAACAUCGAAAUUUAUGGUGCUUGAUAUUCACUUGACAGUAUACCGAGGUUCAAAGUCAGCGACUAAAUUGGGACUGUUUGUUUCACAAUGAAUUUCGAUUUACCCGAGAUAACACUAUAACGACGAAAUUUUCAAUGAAAUUCAAAUAUGCUAUUGUAUAAGUAAUAUAUUUAAUCAUUUCUUUGUAUAUAUGUGCUGGAUUUCUUAUAAGUGAACAAUAAAAUAAUUACUAU